CUUCCGGUUGGGCUAAGCCUGGCUUCCGCAGCCGGGCCUUGCACGUGGGCCCAGCCAGGCUGGCCGCGACCUGGCGGAGGGAAGAAGAGGCGGGGUCUUCCGCUGCCCUCGCCGCCAUGGAGCGGCCCGGGGAAGAUGGGGGUUCGCCGCCGGCCCUGGUCGGAGAAGCCAAAGGAGGCGAAGAAGCGGGAGACCCGCUGGAGCUGCUGGCCAGGCGGCAGCGGAAGGAAAAGCGCGACCUGCAAGCCAGAAUCCAAGGAAUGAAAAACACGGUUCCAAAGAAUGAUAAAAAGAGAAGAAAACAGCUCUUAGAAGAUGUUGCCAAGUUGGAGGCUGAGUUGGAACAGAAACACAAAGAAGAACUAAAGAAACUAAAAGAGGCAUUACCUGAACAGAAUAAAGAAUAUUCAGCAACUAUAAAUAUUGCACAAUUGGAGCUUGAGGACAAAGACAAGAUUCAGCCUUUCAGAGUAUCAAAAGCACAGAAGAGGCGGGAUAAAAAAGCAGCCUUGGAAAAGGAAAGAGAGGAAAGAAUUGCAGAAGCUGAGAUUGAAAAUUUAACAGGAGCUAGACAUCUUGAAAGCCAGAAACUUGCACAGCUUUUGGCUGCAAGGGAAUUGGAAAUUAAGCAGAUUCCAUCUGACGGUCACUGCAUGUACAGAGCUCUUGAGGAUCAGCUCAAAGAGCAACAAAAUUCCUGGACUGUAUCAACUCUUAGGAGUCGGACUGCAGAAUACAUGGGAAGUCAUAUGGAUGAUUUCCUCCCGUUUCUGACCAACCCGAAUACAGGAGAUUUGUACAGUCGAGAUGAAUUUGAAAAAUACUGUUAUGACAUAGCAAACACAGCUGCCUGGGGUGGGCAGUUAGAACUAAGAGCUCUGUCACACAUCUUACAAAUGCCUAUUGAAAUUGUUCAGAUGGAUUCACCUUCUAUUAUUGUUGGUGAAGAAUACAAUGGGAAGCCACUAACACUUGUGUAUAUGAGACAUGCCUAUGGAUUAGGAGAACAUUAUAAUUCUGUAAAACCACUGCUGGAUAGGAGUACAGAAAAUGAAAGCUAGCAGACAUCAGAAGACAUUGGGAGAUCAGUGCAUCUUUGCACUUUACGCUACUUGUCUUUGGAUGAGUUUUCAAAUAAACUAAUCCUGCUCAGAUCUUUCACAAGCUUUACAAGGUUGGAGAUAAAUUAUGUUUGAAGUCUCUUGUAAGCACUAUGGAAUUUAAUUUAAAUUGUGUUUUUAAAAAUAUCCCCUGAUGUAUUUGCAGUGUAAUUCAUAAUAAAUUUAUGUGUUACAAAAA